AGAAUAAAGUGUUUAUGACACGUAUACGUGUACACGUUAGUGAUGAGAAGCGAGGCAGAAGAGGGUCCCGUUUCAUGGCUGGCUAUACUUUUUAUGUAAACUCCCACAAAAGAAAGAAUGAGUCGCCGGGCUCACAAAUGCAACGCAGACUCUGUAAAAAGCGAAGAAGAAACCGAAGACAUGACACUUUUGCGCUCCAAAGUGGAUCCAAAAGCGCAAGGCUCGAUAACUCUUUUACAGGGGGUGGCUAUCAUUAUUGGAAUCAUGAUUGGGUCUGGAAUAUUCGUGUCACCGAAAUUUGUGCUGGAAAAUACUGGAUCAGUGGGUAUGAUGGUUGUUGCGUGGGCACUCUGUGGCCUGGUAGCAACGCUAGGUUCUCUUUGCUACUGUGAGCUAGGGACAUUGAUUCAGAAAUCUGGUGGUGAGUUGGUGUACUUCAGAGAAGCAUUCGGUUCUCUUCCAGCCUUUCUUGUCAGUUGGACCAUCAUCCUGGUCCUCAAACCAUCAUCCAUUGCCAUCAUCAGCAUGGCCUUUGCAUCUUAUGCAUAUCUACCAUUCAUAACACCUGGCACCCCUGAGCCAACCACCACAAUCAAGUUGAUUGCCGCAGGGUGUAUCAUAUUGUUGACCAUUGUUAACUGUGUGAGUACCCAAUUUGCCGCCAAGUCCCAAGUUGUGUUCAUGGUUAUGAAGCUUACAGCUAUUGCAGUUGUGGUUCUACUCGGAGCCUACCAUGCAUUCAGUGGCCACACUAACAAUUUCCAGGACUUGUUCAAAGGAACUAGUACUAAUCUUGGAAAGCUGGCACAUGCAUUUUACAGUGGCUUAUGGGCAUUUGACGGCUGGAACCAACUGAACUAUUGCACUGGGGAACUAAAAAAUCCUCAUGUUAACUUACCACGAGCAGCACUCAUUGCCUUACCAUUAGUGACUAUUUGCUAUAUAUUAAUCAACAUGGCAUAUCUGUGCAUUUUAAGCCCAGCAGAAAUCAUUUCUUCAGAAGCUGUGGCCGUCACUUUUGCUGAUAAGGUUAAUCACCCCAUAAUUAUGGCUCUCAUCCCUAUUCUUGUCUCUUGUUCUUGUUUUGGGGCAGCUAACUCAUCAAUAUUCACUAACGCUAAGGUUGUCUGCGCAGCUGUUAAGCAAGGGCACAUGCCUUUGUUUUUAGGUGCUGUUAACAAGAGAUUACAGAUGCCAAUAUAUGCUGUUGCAUCCCCCUCUUUUAUAGGUCUUCUACUUUUGAUUCCUAGCAACCUUGGCUCCCUUAUCAGUUGUUUUAGUUUUGUGGCAUGGGGCCUCUAUGGUGGUGCUUUUCUAUCAUUGUUAGUGUUCCGCUGGAAGUUUCCUACUCAGCGACAACCUUAUCGCGUGUGGACUGUGGUGCCAGUCUUUAUGCUACUAAUCUCAAUUUAUCUUAUUAUAUCUCCGUUUGCUAGUAAACCAAAAGAGUCAGCAUUUGCUCUGGGAUAUAUUUUCACUGGGGUUCCCUUUUAUUUCGUAUUUGCAUCUAAAAAGUAAAGUUAUAGGUGAAGUAAUUAUGAGUAAUAAUAUAAGUAAUAAUAUAUUAUAAACAUAUAUUCAUCACAUAUAUUCAAUGUAAAGAUUAAGUGACUUAAAAAGAAUAUUUUAGGACCAAGUGCUUUCCAAAUGCCUACUUUUGUCUGCAAGCCCCCAAAAGUAAAAAAUCAAUAAAAACAAAUGUGUAAAUAGUUUA